AUGCUACCACCAAAUCUUGUUAGCACAUAUCAGCAGUAUAAGAAUGAUACCGAUUCUGUUGCUGGCUGGCUCGCAUCUACGGCAAAGGCAGUUGGCUAUCUACCCAGUUCCUUAGCUCAACAACUGGCAAAGGGGACAAGUGCACGCCUAAAAGGUAAAGCGAGGGCUGAGGCCAAGAAGCAAGCUUCUUCGUCUACCGAACCGGCACCGGGCAACAGGUAUAUCAUUAAGAUCAGUGAUUUCGUACCCCUAGCAGAAUUCAUAGCGUCCAAGCCCGACAUAUCUAUACCAAACUCCCUUCUCGCUACACUGCGUCGAGUUAUUGUUGCCCGUGGAGGCUUCAAUGAAAAGCUUGCCAACGAAGGAGCAUCCGCGGAUGAGAGAUCAGAUGCAAAGCACGGCUAUUUUCUCAGCGUCCUUAGGAAGGUGCAUGAAAUUUUAAUACCCAAAACAAGCACCACAGCUUCUUCCCUUGCAAUUUUGACAGAUAAGCUAUACGCAGACGCGGAGGCGGAGGCGGAGACUACCGGCGAUGACUUUUCCAACCGAUUUGCAGGCUUAAAGCUUUACGAACCAUCGGAAGAUUUCCUCAAUGCCCCUGACAUUGAGAGACCGAAAGUCCACGAAGGCGAUAGUGGAACGUACGAGUCAGAGCCGCCUUCAUCUCUCGAGGAUCUUUACAUCGCUUUGACAAUGUUAAUGAAUGAUCUCAACAAGAUACGAUCUCGCACCGAAUGGAUAUGGACUAAUUAUCGAGAUGGGUUUUUCGAUUUGGCUGCAUGUGCGGUUACAACUAACACCGCCAUUGAUUUGGCACGGAAGCUCAUGGAAGAUGUAGUGCCAAUGUUUGACAGCCAUGGUGGGUUAUGGGAAGUCAUGAAUAGAUACCAUAUCAUCCAGGUGAUGAUGAAGGGAUACCAGCCUUUUGGUCUCUCGUCUGACGUUAAGGACAACUUCAACUACGACACGUACGACAUUGCGAGUAACACUUACAUUUUAACCUAUAGACUCCUGGAAGCGUUUACAAGGGUCGUGCAACCUCGGGUCGUCCCAUUGUACAAGGAGGGGAUGUAUGGUUACUACGACCCCCAAAGCGACCGUGACUCUAAGUCUGGCUACCAGAAAUUCGAAGAGGAUAGAGUGCUACAUAUGCAGUUCUUCACAGAGCUCAUGGCUGUGGAACGUGCAGUUCGCGACUACCCGGUUGAAGACGAAUUCUUGCGUGGGAUCAAGGAGCUAGCCAGUACUAAAGAAGUGCCAUUUUAUCUUGUCUUUGCCGCCCAGAUCUUCCCUGAUAUUCAUUAUAUUCUUCGAGAAAACGUCGAUCGUGGAUUCGACACACUCGAAAUGAACCUUCGCUUUUUGGACCGGGAAAUCGAGGAACACUUUAAAUUCCAUAAGGACCUGAAAAUCGGCAACUGGGGAGCCGGCAACGACAAAAUAGUACGGCACCUUCAAGCGAGAAUACAAUGGAUGCUGGCAGAUCCCGUAUAUCGCGAGCCCGUUCCAACCUCCAUGGAACCGCAUUUAUUGUUAAAGAUGUCACCGGUUCUUAGCGGCCUUGUACUCUACCAUUUUCGAUCAUCCAUGUGGGAGAUGGGUAUCGCACUCGCAGACGCAUGGGGCUCUAUUACUUACUCAUCACAUCUGUACAACGCCCUACAGAGUCAGAGACUCAUGUCAGACCGCUGGUCGGAUAUGGACAUGGUAAGAACGUUGAUAGGAGAUUCCAGAUUCUUCGUUGGAGAUACUCCAGAUACUCUGGAUGAGUGCUUCAAGAAGUUCUGCCUCCCAGUGGGCACAACAGCAGCAGCAUUUACUAAGAAACGGCGGCAAAACUUGCCGCUGACUUCUCGAUCGGGUCCUCGAGGGAUCAAGGAUGGCGCACCACAUAUCGCUAAGGUCGUCGACCUUAGCCUGUGGGAGACGGAGGGUUCAGAGGAAGAGGGCACUUUGAUACUAGGACAAGCCGAUCCCGAGAAGUUGAAAUCAAAGCCGAAGUCCAGAAAGGCUAACAAGUCCUUGGUAUUGCCGCCAGAAGAACUCAUCAGGGCCCUGAUGUUCGCGUUGCAAGGUGAAUCGCUCGAGUUAACGCUCCCUUAUACCGCAAUGCACCGUGAAUGCUGGGAACUCUUACGAGCCGUACGGAAGCAUUGUGACCCUUUACUUCGACAGAUAUUCACACCCGCGUAUAUGGAGCGAGAAACAGAGCUACCUUUCGUAGUAGGUUACAUAUUAUCUACCCCUGUGGAGAGAAAGGAUAUGCGACUUCUAGUGGAAGCUGCUAUUGCUGUUACCGAGUUUGUGCGUUCGGAUGGCAGUACGGUCUCGAACUUACUAGAGAGCAUCGGAGUGCCUGUGAUAUUUAAAAGAGAAGAGGAAGCAUAGGUCGUGGCACAGUUUACACUCAUUAGCGUAUGUCAUAUGACACGAAGAUCUGUGAUGAGCUAUUAAAUACAAAUGAAUGUUGCUACAUUGGUGUUUUACGCAUAGCCCAUUUCAAAUAGUAUCUUAAGUGCCUUAGGUACCUAAGGUUAGGUACCCACCUAAGUAU